UAAAUAGUUAAAUUAAAAGCCAAACUAAAAAGGUAACUAGCUAACUUUUAAGCAACUAGUUUCUUCCUAACACUGAUAAUAAUAUGUUUAAAACUUUGCAGUCUCUUCUUCAAGGCCAUUAUUUUGAAUGUUUUCUCCGGAAGUCUCGAUUCCGUUCCCCAAAGCAAUUUUUAGAUGAGCCAUGCGCAUGCGCGCUCCGUUAAUCUACAUAAAACAAUCCUAGGUGGGCAUCUUGUGCUGAUCGGCAAAAUAUCAUCGACUGAUUCACGGUAUCCGAUCACAUCGUCACCAUGGCGUCCAGCGGUUAUCUGCAGGCAGCGGUGCUCCUUCUGGCGGUGCAGCUCCUCUGUCUCGGUGCAGCUGAUGCGGAUCAGGAGACUGGGACUGUCAUCCCUGCCGAAAGUCGCCCAUGUGUGGACUGUCAUGCAUUUGAGUUUAUGCAGAGGGCACUGCAAGAUCUAAAGAAGACCGCGUUCAACCUUGAUGCCAGGACGGAGACGCUGGUGCUGAGGGCGGAGAGGAGGGCCCUGUGUGACUGUAUGCCCACCAACUCACUGCGCUGAGCACACCCGAGGAUACUUCCAACUGUCACCGCACCCCAACACACCGACAACGACCCUGUUCCAAACCUCUACUCAUGUACAGCGAUUAACAUCUCAACUCAUUCACGCAAUAGGCACUUUAUUUUAUUUUCUCUCAUGUCACUGUUGAGUGGAGCUUUGAUUUAAAAUCAUGCAUCAGGGGGCAUGUCAUUGUGUUGCCUUAUCGGGGACGACUUUUAUACCACUGACGUUUUACAUUGUGAAACACAUGCCUGUGAAAUUAGUUUGAUUGUUUUUCAUCGGGUCAUCUGUCUCCUAUGAAGCAUAAACUAUUUUUUUGUACUUUUUAGUAUUUGACUGUAUAAUGUAGAUACAGUAGGAUGCAUUGAUAAAUUCACUCGUUGAAUGUGUUGUAUGAGAUUAAUGUUUACGACGAUUAUACACAUCAAACUGUAGCAUCACGUGGAAUUUAUUUAACUGCUCAAAAUAUUUCAAUAACACUUUUAGAUAAUUAAAAUAACUUUAGGAAUCAGGAAAAUGUCACUGAUUCGGAUUAAUGUAUUUGCAGCCUGGCUUCUUUUGCAAAAAAACAAAAAGGUUGGGUAACUUAUUAAAGAAAGUUAUUUUUCUUUGUUUUUGUA